AAAAUAAAGAAGGCAAGAAUGGAGAAAGGGUCUAAAGCUAAUUACAUGGUUGUCGCGGUGGCUUUGUUGUUUCUGUUCCCGGUGGCCCAUGGAUGGGGAGUAGACGGGCAUCUGAUCGCGUGCCGGAUUGCCCAGUUGCGGCUGAGUGCGGCGGCGGCAGAUGCAGUUGACAAGCUGCUGCCGGCGUACGCGAAGGGGAACCUGUCGAGUAUGUGUUCUUGGGCGGACAACGUUAGAUUCCGGUUUCCUUGGUCGGCUCCGCUCCACUUCAUCAACACGCCUGAUGUCUGCAACUAUCAAUACAAAAGGGAUUGCAAGGAUGAAGAUGGAGAAGUGGGGAGAUGCGUUGCAGGGGCUAUCAACAAUUACACCACCCAGCUUGUCAGCUAUGUUAGUGGCAAUGAUUCAUCAUAUAAUUCGACACAAGCACUGCUCUUCCUCUCUCAUUUUGUUGGAGACAUUCAUCAGCCUCUGCAUGUUGGAUUUGCCUCAGACAAGGGAGGCAACACAAUUGAUGUCAAGUGGUACACUAAGAAAACAGUUCUCCACCAUGUAUGGGAUACCAGCAUAAUCGAGACGGCAGAAGAGCAAUUUUAUGAAUCUGAAGUGGAAGAACUGAUCGAUGCAAUUCAGAAGAACAUUACUACUGGAUGGGCAGAUGAAGUGAAAUCAUGGGAGGCCUGCACCAAUGACAAAGAAGCCUGCCCAGAUGUAUAUGCAUCUGAAGGUAUUAAAGCAGCCUGUGAUUGGGCAUACAAAGGAGUUAGUGAAAACUCAGUGUUAGAAGAUCCUUACUUCUUAACACGGUUACCAGUGGUGAAAUUGCGGCUAGCCCAAGCAGGGGUCCGGUUGGCAGCCAUACUAAACCGAAUAUUUGGAUAGCGUGAACGAAUAUAAGUCUCGUCUUCAAUUGCUCGAUCGGUAGCUUGCUGAUACUGAUGCUGGCAUGGGUGUACAAAUUCUGGUUCAGUAUGAGUUAAUAAAUUUCAUUUCAGAGAAAUGGAAAACUUUGGAUUAUGCAUUCACAAAUCCGGACAGAAAUGAAAGUCUGAUGUUCUUUCUUUCUUGCGUAUGGUAUCAGUAAUCAGUGAACAAACAUAUAUAUGUAUUAUUCAUCUAUUUACAGUUUAAUUAGUAUAAACAUCAUAAGUCCACUUGCGAGUUGAUUGUGGA